UUUUCGUCGUCGAUCUCGAAGUGUAAUCCUCAUUCUGUAGUCCCACAAAAUUCUUUGUAUCCUUGAAACUAAUAAUAUUGUUUUAUUUUAAAGUCCCUCUCUGGUGUAAAUAUAAAAAUAAGUCACAAACACUCAGUAAUCAGGGAACAACAAUAAUCCUUUGUGUUUAUUAUCAAGAGACUUCGAUUUACGUAUUUUGUUACGUUUCUAAAGAAAAUCAAGAAUGUACGGAUAGUUAAUGACCUAUAUCGUGUAAUUAUUGAGACGUAGAAAACGAGACUAGUAUUUAGGAAAUAAAUAUUUAAGAUGGCGUAUCGCUCUCUUCGAAACGAAUUGACUCCUCCAUUGGCUAACUUGGCUGAGUCCUCCACAGCAGCUCCUACAAUGAUUACCCUGGACCACGAGCAUGAAGACGCCACCAACGUGAUCAUACACAAAGUGCCCAAAAACAAAGGUGGAUGGACGCACAUAGACGAUUUAGACUCAUUUUUUACGAGAAUGUACAGAUAUUAUAUACGUGGAGGGUUCUGCCCUAUGUUGAUGUCUGAUCUGUUUUCAUUACUGCAGUUCAUAUUCAUUGUGUGGUUCUCAACGUUUCUGGUGCACUGUAUAGAUUACCCGCUGUUGUUUAGAAAUGUACCGUUGGAGGAUCCUACAGCGAAGUUAACUUUUCAUGAUGUGAUAUACCCAACUUCCACGUGCGUGAAGAGUAUAUCAUGGCAGUGGUGGUGCCUUAUUGUGUUGUGCGGAGUUAUAUGGUUGAUGAGGUUAACUGUAUCAUUGUAUAAUUUAAUACAUUCGUACGAUACAAAAUUAUUUUAUAACAAUGCGCUGAAAAUUAAAGAGAGUGAUUUAGCAUGGAUAAAUUGGUCGACUAUACAGGAUAAAGUAAGGGAAGCGCAACUGGAGCAUCACAUGUGUGUCCAUAAACAAGAAAUCAACGAAUUAGACAUUUAUCAUAGAAUACUCAGGUUCGAUAAUUACAUGGUAGCGAUGGUGAACAAGAACCUGCUACCUUUACAAAUAGCUGUGCCUUUCGUCGGUGACUUCCACUACCUGUCCAGGGGGUUGAAGUGGAAUUUAGAAUUUUUAUUAUUUACAAGCCCAUGGAGUCCGUGGGAGAACUGCUGGCAACUCCGCGAAUGUUACAAGGACCACUCCAAACGGAUGAUGCUAGCCCGCCAACUGGAGAAGCAGAUUCUGAUGAUGGCCCUCAUCAAUCUGCUUCUAGCGCCGCUCAUACAGGCCUGGCAGAUAUUGUACUUCUUCUUCAAUUACGCUGAGCUAAUAAAACGGUCCCCCGGCUCCCUAGGGCUUCGCACUUGGUCGGUGUACGCCCGUGUGACACUCCGACAUUUCAACGAGCUGGAGCACGAGUUGAGAGACCGUCUGAACAGGGCUCACAAACCGGCCACCAAGUAUUUGGCCAGCUUCACGUCACCCAUCACCACUGUUAUAGCCAAGAACGUCUUGUUCGUGUCGGCGAGCGUUCUCGGCGUCCUGGUAAUGUUGUCGGUGUACGAUGAGGACGUGUUGACUGUGGAGCACGCGUUGACCGUCAUCACGCUAUUGGGCUGUGUGGCGGCUGGCGCUAGGGCAUUGAUAGGGGAAGAGGAUCGCUUGGCGGGCAGCACAGGGCCGGCCAGGGGCGAAGAGUUGUUCGUGCAAGUGUUGGGCCACGUCCACUACUUACCAGCGGCGUGGCGAGGCAGGGCCCAUACAAAAAAUGUGGCGGAAUUGUUCCAACAACUCUUCCAGUUUAGAGCGGCCUAUAUACUAUUUGAGUUGCUCAGCCCUAUUCUAUGUCCGUGGGUGCUGUUGAAGUUGCGUGCGCGUGCGCUGGAUAUAGUCGACUUCUACAGGAACUUCACCGUCAGCGUGGUCGGUAUUGGCGAUGUAUGCUCGUUUGCGCAGCUGGACAUCCGCCGCCACGGGCACCCCGACUGGCAAGCGCCGGGCAAGUUCGGCAAACCUAAAGCGGCGAACACACAGUACAACCAGGGGGAGGGUGGGAAGACGGAACUGUCCCUGGUCGCGUUCUCGUGCAGACACCCGGGGUGGCAGCCCGCCGAGCCCGCCCAGAGACAGUUCCUCAGGUCGCUGAGGCAGAGCAUGCACCACGCUUUACCAAACAACAACGCUCUGAACAAAACAAUGUUGGGGUCUUAUAUCCAGCAGAGUAUAUUCGGCGCGAACACGCCUUUACCGGCGGUGUUGUCAUAUUAUCAACAAAGGCCAGCAUACAGACUCCAAGAUAUGGACGAAACAAGCGACGAAGAAGACAUGGAACCCGGUACAGCCGGUCGGCCGGGGUCCGGUCUGGGCGGCGUGGGGUCCGGUCUGGGCGGCGUGGGGUCCGGUCUGGGCGGUGUGGGGUCCGGUCUGGGCGGCGUGGGGUCCGGUCUGGGCGGUGUGGGGUCCGGUCUGGGCGUAGCGGGGUCGAGUCUCGCCGGCGUGGGGUCCGAAUUGGGCACCAGCGUGUAUGGACUGGACCCGAGAACGGGAGACGGCGAAGACAGGAGAGACAUGUCCGUUAGCACGCUACAUUUGUACGAUUUACAUCUGUCACAGGCCGGACAAAACGUGUCAGCAUGUUGCACGAACAACUGCAGCGAGCGCGGCCGCCAAGAGAGAUGGGGUAGCGGCGAGGACACGCCUUUGUUACACCGCCCAUAACACCGGAGUUGCGUCGCUUCGAGCGCCCAAAUCGUGACAGCUCUACCCCCAGUGUGGGUAUAGCGAUAUAUAAACUACAUUGUCUUUGCUGCAACUUGUUGCAAGGCACCUAAUUUUACUAAAAAGAAAUAUGUUUAUGUUGUGCAACUUGUUGCAUGUGAUCGUGAUCUGUGUUGCGAGCUUAUUGUGGAUGCUAUGCAAAUAGGGUAAUAAAGAUACUCAUCAAAAGUUGCUGCAACUUGUGUUGCAGAAAUUUAUUACAAGUUAAAAAAUCUUCUUAAUAAGUUAAUCCUCGAAUAAGUUUGUAAUACAGUUAAUUCGUAUAUGUGAAUUUGUAACAAUUAGACUUUGCUUUGCAACAAGUUGCACCAACCCAUCUAAAUUACGUCGUCUGUGUAUAGCAUAAUAAUCACUUGCUCAUAUUUCAGUCUUGUUUUAAAACUUUUUAAACGUAUUCAUAUUGGGUCUCUUAAAUGUGUUCAUUUUUGGCAUAUAUACAUAAGGGAUAUUCUUUUUUCAAAAUUUAGGGACCUAAUUUGGACAUAUUUUUGAGGUACAGUAAAUAAUAACUAAUUGCAUACCACUUGGGUCUCGGUUGCAAAUUAUUUUUGACGAUGUGUUGCUAUUAAAUUGUUGCAACAAAAAUGCUAGUUUAUUUGAUUUUUUUUCCACUCGUAGGUUAAUUUGGACAUGUCAUGUUUUUUUUUUAAUAUAAGGUAUAGCAACCAUUAGGAUUGCUCCCAUUGAAAUUCGUGUUUCGACUUAUGAUUAUGAAUUAAUUUACUUAAGUUCGUUCACACAUCUAAGUUAGGUAUUAAUUAUAAUCAAUAAAAAAUAUAAAUUAUGACAUACAUUCACAAUUUUCUUAUCGCGAUUGAUAAAUUAAAUAAUUUAAUUUUACAUUUUCAAUAAAUACCAUCUAAAUCGACAAACCUCGCCCACGUCAAAUUAGGGUGAUAAUUUUACAUCCUAGGCAGUUUCUCUGCUUAAAACCAAAAUGUUUUUAAAUUACAAAUUGAAGCCAAAGCUUUAUAUUGCAAAAUAAAUUAAUGUUGUUCACUCAGAACAAACGACGUCAUGUUGUAUAACGUUGUGAAUUGUGAAAGACUCGGUCAGUGUAAAAUUCCUGUAAAAUAUUGGAACAUUUUAAUUUUCCACUGUAAUUUUUCCUUCUUGGUCUCGCAAAUUGUCGCUUGGAGACGCAACGGAAAAUAGUUAUUAGGUUUAUAGUUUUGCAGAAAAUAUAAAAAAAAUUAAAAAUGUGGAUCUUCAAACUUAGAUCAAUAAUCAUUAAUCAAAUUAAAUAAUUUGAUUACACUUGGUUCGUCUAGUAUGUUCGUGAAAUGUGUAUAUCUUUGAAGGAUAAUCUGAUUAAAGCGCACACAAUAUAAACAAAAUUACAAGAAAAAAUUGUACACUGACUUUUUGAAUAAAAACUUUUACAUAAUUCGCGUAGAUAUAGAAAAGUACCUGUGAAUUGUGAUAUAAACAAUGACGUGUCCGCAAACAACAUUUAUGUGUAAGAAGUAUCGACAAGAGUGUCCGUUUUUUAUGAAUUAUUGAAUAUAAAAGUGAUUUUGAGUGAUGUUUGCUGUGUAGAACGGCCAUUUUGAUUCGCUACCCCAUUGACAUUGGCGGUGAGACUAGGACGUUUAGACGACUCGAAAUGGUCGUUUGAAAUUCGUGUUUGGAAUAAGUGUGUUUUAUAAAAAUAAGUUUGAAUAGAUCUCGAUUAUGAUUGAUUGGUGCGUAUAAGUAUGUAUUAUUUUUAAUUUUCAUUUCAUUUUUCUACAGAACUCAAAUUCGAAGUGAUUGUAUACCAGCUUUUUGUUUGAGUUUUGUUUGAUUACAUUUGGGCAUCGGCUCAAUUGGGAAUUUUCAAUAGACGGGAGCAAGCUCAGGCAAUUGACACACGAUUGUGUUAAAUAUAGAUUUGAUAAGUGAUAGGUACAACGAAUGUUGACAUUGCUAAUUUAUUUACAGGCUGACUUUUCAAACAAUAUCCAAAUUAAGUAUCAAAAUCAUGAUAUUGCUGUGACGUAAUUUAUGAACGGCCCCUAGGGACAGACUGCAAACUAGUUGAAAAUAGUACGAUUCUUUUCAAAAGUCAUCCAAAAUAAUGUCCAGACUUCGGUAGCAGUGAGUUUCGUUGUUUUGUUCAUAACUGUUGUGAUUCUUUCGUAAUAUUAACUAGUAUUUAAGUAAGCGUAGGAAGCACUUGCCUGGUAUUCUGACGACGAGAUACUUUAGCAAUAAUAUUGACUGUAGAUGUUUAAUAUAAUUAAUAUAGUUGGGCUCAUUGGCGGUCAGGCGAAAAAAUAAAAACAAUCUAUAAAAGUACUAAAAACAAGCCCCGCAAAUAAACUUGUGUUUUAUUCCGCUGUUAAAUAUAAAAAAAAAAUACUUAAUGAUCUUUUUGAGAUCCAUCCGUUUUUGAUUCUAUAUAUGUAUUUUGUUAAUGCAACAAGCUUAGGACUUAGUAUUAACAUGUAACACAAUAGUAGUAAACAUGCAAUAGACAAUCUCAUUUAUACACUUAAAAAUACAUAGAAAACUAUAGGCUGUCAACGUGCUUUAUACAAACAUUAUACAUUAUAACAUUAUAGAUGAAGAAUAUAUAUAUAUAUAUAAAUCAUUUUUAAAUUGUACUUUGAAAUGUGAUCGCAAUAUAAGUUUUCGGUACCACAAAUAUCUGUGAAUACGUGUACAAAUAUUUGCCCGUAAUAGAAAUCGAAUAAGAACCUUAGCUAAUGCUUUUUAUAUGCAAUAUUGUAAUAAUAUAUCGUUAGUCGUUUUUAAUAAUCAGAUUAUCAUAAAAAAUGUUUCAGUUAAAAUUUUUCUCAAUCCAUCUGACAUCAACUUAACAUUUGUACGCAUCUGUUAAAAUGUGAUAGUUAUUAUUAUAUAUUUUUUAACGGUUUCAUUAAUCGCUGUUUCCACUAUUAUAAAAAAAAGACGAUUAAAUUCAGUUCAGGAGUAUAUGGCGAUACGAUUGAUUAUGAUUUUAAUUUUUGUUUUAAAUUUUUUUAUUAUUAUUUUAAUUAAUUUUUUAAUUUCUUUUCUUCAAUUUUACGCCUCGUAAAGGCCUUUUAGUUUAAGCUUAUUUUUUGAGAGAAAACCAAAGUUUUUUAUUUUCUGAAUAUGCAGCAGACAUGCUGUUUUUAGUUCUACUGGCUGUACAAAAAACUGUAGUAGUCUUUGGUACUACUGCACGUGAAAAAUUUUUAAGAGUACUUACUCCAAUUUUUUUUUAGCCUGAGUUUUUUUAAACUACUUUUCCCCGAAGUAUAAAAGUGUACCUUUAAAUGUAAAAUAAAUACUAUAAAUAAUGUAACUAUAAAAGUAUUUAUGGGUAUAUAUUUUUCUUUACUGACACUAAAGUUAUGACAUCUUUUGUUUAUUGCCACUUACCUAUACAAUGAAAUACAUACCUAUAUACGUAUGUAUUUCAAGUAGUGUGAUUCCGUUUAUUGAUUUAUUUAUGUAGAUAUAUAAUAUAAAAAACAUAUUAUAUAGGGUUAAAAAUAUAAAUGACAAAAAAAAAAUAUAUAAAAAUGAAAUACCAAAAAAAUAGGGAUAUGAAAAAGUUAUCUAGUAGAGAUUUUCUUAUUACAUUUAUAACUGAUUUUAAACUUUCGCGUCGCAUUAUACUUUAAUAAUACAGGUAUUAAAAGCGCAGGUAACGUACCUUUAUUUUAUCUCGGACGUUUCGAACCAUAUAUAUAAGGUACAAUGAUCCGUGGUCACUGGGCGAUUCGAAACGUCCGCUCAAUAUAAAGGUGCGUCACGUGCGCGUUUAACACCUUUAUAUAUAAAUACAUUUAAUAUGUUGGUUCAUUUCAAUUUGUAAUCAUAGAAUAUUAUUGUUAAUCCUUUAAUCUCAGCUGUACCCCGUUUCGACUCGGAGCGAAACAACGGAUUAAGAUUGCAGCUUUUCUCAUACUUUCCACGAGAUUAUCGACAUCACAUAAUAUAAAUAACUAAUUUCUCGUUUUCAUAAUUCUCAAUUACCUAAUAGAAAAAUAUAGGUACGUCUAAAAACGGGUCAUCGAAGAUAUGUGUACAUAAUUUCUACAUACUGACUACAUAAUUUAUGAAUACCGACGGACGGACAAACAGGAGAUAUGUAUGUAAUAAUAUGGUCGUUAAUUAUACAUAUUUUGGUGUACUUCAUACGCUAAUGGUUUUGUAAUUUUCAAAAACUGUGGACGUAGAUGAAAAAUUUCGCUUCAUUCUGUUUCGCUCACUAAACACUUUUACACGAGUCAGACAAUAUGUUUAUGUUAUUUCGAAACAACAGUAGCGAAUGAGACAGAAUGAGACGGUCUUGGUUGCCCUGUUUGUUGCAAGAUAAAAAUAAGCAAUUAACUAAUAAUGGGCCAAAUUUGAAAGUUUAAUUUGUGAUAUAAUCUAGAUAUAGUUAGGACCGUGUAGAGCUUUGGUAAAUAACUGUUUUAUACAAAUUCUAGAGGCUACAUUAGUUUACAGACUUAGUAGACCACGCCCGAACGUAAAAGGGAUAUAAGUACAGAUUUUGUAAUUUUACAUAUGUCUGAUUUAAAUAGAGUUAACAUGCGUCUAAUAGAAGCGGAGUGUUUUGGGAGAUAUACAGAAAUCGACCAAUGAUGUUUUAUUUGUCAAGAUUGCGCGCUGUGAUUGGUCGAUUGUACACGAAUCCGUUUCAUUGUAAAUUUAAAAUUAAAACAAUAGGCAUGCUCAAUAAUGUUACAUUUUGGCUUUAAAUUUCAUGUAUAAAGUAUAAAUAUAAUUAAAUAAGAUGUAAGGGCACUUACUAUUCACUUUACCAUUGCACCUUAAAUAAUAUAAAAAGCAGUUUUUAACGCUCCGUUUUUUUUUAAACUUUGGUCGAAGUUUCGAGUAAAAUAAGUUUUUUCGGAACCCCGACGAAAGUUUUCUGAAAUAAUAUGUAAACACAGUUAUUGAAGACACUUUAGCUUAAUUAUAAAUCCUACAUUGUUAAAACGCUUCCAUAACUAUUACUAAAACUUAUUUAUCAUAGUUACCUUGGAAUAAUAAGGUUAGUUGAAAUGAGAUAGAUAUGUAUAAAAAGAAAAAAUGAUAGUUUUUGCACAAAUAUGAUAUUCGUUGAUAAUACACAAUUAGUGAUACGAAAUUCAUGUAUAGUUUUAUAAAGUGAUGAAUGAUAAUGAAACAUAAUGUAAAUAUUAGUGAUUCAUAAAAUAAGCGUCUAGAUUCUUUUUGUUUAUUUACAAGAGAUCUGCCAAACGGGUUUUAAAAAUAUCUUUUAUGUUUUUUUUUUGUAUACUCUUUUAGUCUAUAGUUUCCAUAUUGUAUUGUGAUAGUCAAAUCUGGAUAUCUUCUAUCUAGUCUAUGUAAAAAGCUGAAGACACGAUGUAAGUACGUUAAAACUGUUAGUGUCUUAACACAACUAUUUAUAGUUAUCAAAAAGAAUUGAGGUUUUAUUCAAUACUCGACAUAACAUUUUGCAUUUUGUGAUAACAUAAUUGUAGAAAUAUUAAUUGUAUCGUUUAGUUUAUCAUUAAGCAUCAUGCACGAUAUAUUUCUACUAUUUAUCGUUACCAUAGAUAACUAAACUUCUUUUUGGUGUUCACAUUAUUGACAUCUUAAUGUAACCAAAACAAUUUUACAUAAAGCUAUCUACAGCACAAGUUGAUUCAAGAUCCAAGUAUUGAAUUCAACUCGAAUCUUUUUGUUAACAAUAAAUAAUUGUGUUACAAUGCCUCCUUGAACGAAUGUAUUCUAACGUAACAAUGUGAUAGCAAUAAUAAAAGAGAGUAAUUUUUCUGUACAAUAUUUACUAAAUUAUAUUUAUUCAUAUCAAAAUUACGAUGCUUUUGCGUCUGUCUGAGGCUUUUUUCGCCGCUGGUGAUAUUGCUAUAGUGAGUGGCCGUUAAGUAGAAUAUCCUACUUUAUAUACUAUAUAUGUAUAUAUAUGUUGUCUUGUUGUGUGUUCAUUAUAUUCCUAGUGCCAUGUACUCGUUUAGAGGCACGUUUGCUUUCAUGUUAUUUGAAUAGACUUAAAUUUGUAAGUUUUGAGGUUAGAUUUAAAAUAUGGCGGGGAAAGUACAUAAAGACGGAUUACGUCAUAUUUUAUAGUACAGCUACUAAUGUUAUGGAAGAGUUUGGAUAAUAAAAACGGUAUUAAUCUGACGGAAAAUUUCAACUUUAGUCGAUUUUUUGGUGGUUAAAAAAAGAGUAGUUAUUUCAUCCUAGAUUCCUUUUUCCAGUCAUUUUUAAUAAUAAAAAGAGAUUUUCAGUGACUCACAUAUAUUUCGUGAAAUUGAACUACGGUUGACCGUUUUUAAUAUCGAAAUUUAUAGUCAGAUUAGAGUAGAAUUAAUUAUAAGAAUGGCACGUCGGAUUGUAUUGAAUCCCGAACAAAUGGUAAAGAGAACUUGUCAUAGUACAGUGGUUUGGAUUUCAACGAUUUGUAAAAGGAACGCAAUAAGGUCCAAUAACUUUAAAAAAGUUUGCCGAUGCGCACACGUUUUUAUUGUUUUUUUUUUAAUAAUGCUAGGUACGUACUGUACAUGGUCGUGUGUGUGUUGUACACAAAAAUGAACAAUAUUUUUAUAUUGCUACAACUUUUAAAUCAUACCAAUGUAUGAGAGUAAUAACAUUUUUUAUUACAUCAAUUAACACCAUUAACCAAAUUUGUAAAUAUUAGUUCAAUUUAUCGAUAAGAAGUAAGAGUAUUUGUGAUAUCAUUAUAUUUUUGUCUGCACUUGAUAUUGGUAAGUCUAGAAUAUUUUCUUAAAGUUUUCGAAUUGAACGGAAUAAAAAAUUGUUGUGAAUGUAAUACGAGUGAGGGUUGCCAACCUCGUUUUUUUAAAUAUUCGCCUCGUUUUACGCAUUGUAAAUAAAAUUCUCGAAAAUUAA